UCUGCUCUGCCUCCAGGCUGCGCUGCCGCUCCGCGGCCACCGCGGCCGCUACGCCGGGUUGGUUCCUGCACUACAGGUGGACAUGUGGCAGCCCAGCAGCACCUUCCACAUCGCUGAAGGUACAGUCACCGACGUGCGAGUACCACAGAACACAUCCCGAAGUCUGCUGCCCUACCUCCAGCAAGCAAACAUCCCCUACAUGAUUCUCAUAUCAGACCUACAGAGUGUAAUAGAAAACCAAACUGGAUCGAGGUCACAUAGGCACCGAAGGUCCCUUUCCGAGUACAACUAUGAAGUAUACCACACCCUGGAAGAAAUCCAGAGUUGGAUGCAUCAUCUGAAUAAUACUCAUUCAGAUCUUGUUCACAUGUUUUCUCUUGGAAAAUCCUAUGAAGGAAGACCAUUGUUUGUACUCAAGUUAGGUAAAAGAUCACGGCCCUACAAGAAAGCUGUCUGGAUGGACUGUGGGAUUCAUGCAAGAGAGUGGAUUGGCCCUGCCUUUUGCCAGUGGUUUGUGAAAGAAGCUCUUGAGACAUACCAGACUGAUCCUGCCAUGAGAAAGAUGCUAACUCAGCUGUAUUUCUAUAUAAUGCCUGUAUUUAAUGUGGAUGGAUAUCAUUUUAGCUGGACAAAUGAUCGAUUUUGGAGAAAAACAAGAUCAAAGAACACAAGGUUUUGGUGUCAUGGUGUUGAUGCUAAUCGCAACUGGAAAGUGAAAUGGUGUGAUCAAGGUGCUUCGUUUCACCCAUGCGAUGACACCUACUGUGGUCCCUUUCCUGAGUCUGAGCCUGAAGUAAAAGCUGUUGCUUAUUUUCUCCGUAAACACAGGAAACAAAUAAAAGCCUAUUUGUCCUUCCACGCAUAUGCACAGAUGCUGCUGUACCCUUACUCUUACAAAUAUGCAACUAUUCCAAACUUCAGCUGCGUGGAAUCAGUUGCCUAUGAUGCUGUUAAUGCUCUUCAGUCAGCCUAUGGUGUAAGGUACAGAUACGGGCCUGCAUCUAGCACUUUGUAUGUGAGUUCUGGUAGCUCCAUGGACUGGGCCUACAAAAAUGGCAUCCCCUACGCGUUUGCGUUUGAGCUGCGUGACACCGGACAUUUCGGAUUCUUACUCCCCGAGACACUGAUCAAACCAACCUGCAUGGAGACCAUGCUUGCAGUUAAAAAUAUAACUCUUCAUCUGCUGAAGAAAUGUCAUUAA